GAUAACUUGAUGGUGCUAGUAUCUCUGGGAAAUGAAUGGGACAUAUUGAGCAGCCCAUUUUGCAUGGAAGGUACCCAUUUGCUCAGUAGCAGAGGGGGCCCUCUUGGUAGUUCGACUUCUUCAGAAUUUUCAGGGGGCGGCUUGAGAGAAGGCAUUCUCUGGCAGCCCCUAAGUUGCAGGCUUCCCUUCCCACAGAGAUAUGUCUGGCACCUUCAUUAUACAGUUUCCAUUGUAGGCUGAUGGUGCAACUCUUUAUCCUGGCCUUUAACACUUCAGUUAAAUAUUUUUAGGAAGUACCUUACUCUUGUGACCGCAAUUUGUUUUAAACUUUUAAUAUCAUGGUAGCAGUUGUGCUAUUCUGAUUGUUCCAUCAAUCCAAGCAUUUUUGUUUGCAUCCUUUGUUAAAGAAGAAUGCAGGGCACAGAUGGCUAAUAGAGUAAUGUCUGUACUCUUCUGCGGUUCCCCAAAGAAAGGAGAGGUGUGUGGUGGCGGCAGGUGACUCCCUACGGAGGGGAACAGAGGCAGCAGCGUGCGAGGGGAUUGAUUCGUUUCAGUUUUGUUUACACAGAGUAUAAUGCACAGAGUAUUGGAAACAAGCAAGAAGAACUUGAGCUCAUGAUGCAGGAUUGCAAAUGUGACUUAACAGGCAUUAUUGAAAUCUGGUGGGAUGAGACUCAUGACUGGAAUGUAGAAAUUGAGAGGGCAACCUGUUCAAAAGGAAAAGAUCAAACAGGGAGGGGAGAGGAGUAGCAUUAUAAGUAAAGGAUGUGUACACUUGCAAAGAGGUCCAUGACUUGGAGCGUGGAAGGCAGAUUGAGAGCAUCUGGGUGAAAAUUGUAGGACAGGAAAACAACAGUGACCUUACCGAGGACUUGGAUGAUGUCUUCCUAGAGCCAAACAUUUGAAAAGGUGAGAUACAGUUGUCAUGGGAGACUUCAACUACAGUACCCCAAUAUCUGUUGGAACUCAAACUCUGCCAAUGAUGUGAGGUCAUACAAAUUCCUCCAUUGCCUCAAUUUCAUUUCCCAGAAGGUGGAAGAAGCAACAAGGGGGUCAUCUCUCUUGGACCUGGUACUCACCAACAGGGAGGAACUGAUCAAUAAAGUGAAAGUUUAGGCAGCGGGUUUAAAUAGUAUGUAGAAAUUACUAAUACGUUGACUGAUUUUCUCUGCAGUUGUAAUUUGUAUCAAUACUUAAUAUUGUUUAUUAAAGAAAUGUGGACCUUUGAGGGUGGGAAUUUGAAAUAUUAUUAGCAUCAGAACAAGAUAAGGGUUUAAUCGGUAAGGCCUAUAAUUAUUAAAUCGGAUAAGAAGACUGGUAUAUUUAUAUAAAAAAGCUAAAAAUAUUCAACAAGAAUUAACAGAAGGAAUGGAAAUGGAUUAUAACUACAGAUUUCAAGGAAAAUGCCUAUGAAGUCCAAUGUCAGUGCAGGUAUAUUCUCAAAAAAAAUGCUGGAGCUGUGAUGUGAACUAAGCAGAUUUCCUUCAUGUUUUUUGCAGUUGCCCAGUAAUCCAAAUUUAUUGGCAUGCUAUUAUAAAUAUUAGAAAUGACUGGUUAUUUAUUGUUAAAAUGACUGGUUAUUUAUUGUUAAAAUGACUGGUUAUUUAUUGUUAAAUUACUCUAAAAUAUUAUUAUUUGAAAGGUACAGUACAUGGCAUUGAUUUGCAAAAUGUUUUAAAUUGACUAGCUGUGGCAUUGCAAAAGGUACCCUGGAAAAAGUACAAUGCCAUCAGUAACAGACUGGGUUGAAACUAUCUGGAAUAUAGUAAAAAUUGUUUUCUUACGUGAACAGCCUUAGGAAGUCCAAUAGAAAAAGUUGCAAAUCUGCAAUCCCACUAGGUGGCACUCAUGAUGUUUCUCCAAAAUGGGUUCGAUGCUGUGGGAAAUUUCAGGUGACCCAAUGUCUAGACACCCUGACUGAAUUCCACAAACAGAAUUUCAGGAAUGGGAGUAACCAGAAGUUUAGCUCAAUGAAACCCCUCCCCCCCUGAAUAUUGUGGUUUUCUCUUCAAGUAAUCAAGCAGAAGGUUCUAGGGGAGGGGAGCCAAUGGUGGACUAGAGCUGGGAAGAGCCAGAUUAAAAAAACCCCUCGAUCAUGAACUAGACUAGGUGCCCUUGAGGUAGGUAGUCACUAUCUCUCAGCCUCACACAGUUGGUGCAAGGAUAAAAUGGGAAUGGUCAAGAACCAUGUAUGUUCAUUGGAAGAAUAAUGGGACAUGAAUGCAGAAAAAUAAAUAAAGCCUGUUGCUAUGUGUGAGAGAGAAAUGCCCGCAAUUUAUCAAAUCCACAUGGGUUGGAAAUAGAAGCACAAUCGGUCCAGGAAAGGAUUGUCCUCACGUGUUGAGAAAACGUUUUUGGCUGGCAGAAUUGUGCCGCUAGCUUCAUUGCUUCUGGCAAGUAUGCAACCAGCUACUGUCAUUUUCCUCAUUUUUCUUUUUCCUGCUUUUAUUGUGGAAAGCAAAUGUUGCCCUCCAUAUGUUUUUUGACUCCAGCAAGUCCAUGCUGGCUGGGGCUGCUGGGAGUUGCAGUCGAAAACAUCUAGAGGACACCAGCUUGGCAAAGGCUGAGCUGCAGUGUACUGUACCUAGAAAUUCCCACUGUUCAUCGGAGGGCAGUGGAUAGGAAGCAGUGGCAGAGUAUAACCCUCAGCUGAACUCUGUCCAUCAAAAUAGCAGAGUAUGGUAAGCACAAGACUGUUCUUUUUCUUCCCCAAUUAUCCUCAACUGUAAGUGAAAUUAGAAGGAUGGAAUCUCUUUCUUUCUCUCACUCACUGAUGAGGAACAGAGCAAAAGAUCUGCCUGUGAGCAGCACUAAAAAAUGUAUCAGCCUCUGUCUGAAAGCAAACAUGAGCUGCACACAUGUUGGUUUUCCUACAGAUUGGCAAGAAAUUUGAAUUCAUAAAUCGGUCAAAUUCUGGCUCAAGGAUUUGUCUCUUGACAGCUUGUGGGUUGGGCUGUGCAGAAAUUCUUCCUUUACUUGCAUUCUUCAGACUGGCUGCAAUGUUUAUAGGCAGAGGCAAUCCUUACAACAUCCUAAUUGGUUCCAUAUUUAUUACAUGCCCGCCUUAUAUAAACCUAGCAGGAGGACUCCUGAGAGCUCCAGGCUGCUGAGAAAGGCUGGCUGCUUGUGCAGAUCGCCUAACAAGGUGGGUACACUUACCUCUUGCACAGGAUCAUAGCUCACCGCAAAAAAAGUGUGGGAUGGGGAGUUUAUGUGCACAUAAAUGUUUUAGUUUUAUUAAUUAAGGCUAUACUAGUGAUGUUAAUGAUGAUGAUGAUGAUGAUGAUAAUUUUCCUGUUACCUGCACAAGUCCUAAGGCAGAUGUAGGCCAAGUUGCAGUUGGAGCUGCCACAGCAGAGCAUCCUCCUGCUGCCUUUCCCUCUAUUUUUCACCUCUUUGUUUUCACCUUUCUGUCCACCUAUCCUCUGGUUACGUUUUCUGUCCGCUUCCUUUUCUCUUCCUCAGCUUCCCUCAGCUCCAUUCUCUUGUUCCCUUCGUUUCCCUCCAUUUUAUCUUUUCAAUACUCUCCUCCCUCUCUAGCCUCUUCCCCUCUUCCCACCCUUCUCCACACCUCUCACUUUCCCCACUUCUUCCCGGGAUAUAUGCCCUUACAUGAAUGCAUGUCAAGCUCUAGGGUUGUUUGAAAUGCAGAAACAUGAGACUCAGCUCAUGUGUUUCUCUUGGUUUGCAGAAAUGCCAGAAGGUUCAGCCAGCUGCCUAUAGCACAGAGCAGAACAGAGACCGAUUGUAAAGGGCAACAACAUGACCCAGUGGCUAAAAGCUGAGACUGAAUUCCUGUUGAGGAAAACCUCUCCAUCUUCGACCUGCUAAAGAUCCAGAAAAGUUGCCCAUUUCCCCCUCUCCAAACAGCUAAAGAUGAAUAAAAUUAUUGUUUAUGAAGAGGAAAACUUUGAGGGGUCCAGGAAAGAAUUCACUUGCAGUGUUCCUGACCUACGUACUGUAGACUUUGGGGAUUGCAUUUCCUCCCUUAAGGUGAUUGGACAACCUUGGCUGGUCUUCCGUGAUCCCAACUAUAAAGGUGUGGGUUUUGCAUAUGAAGAAGGUGAACAUAAGCACAUCCAGUUAAGUAAUAAUAUUUCUUCUAUCGAACUAGUCACUGAGGACUUGGAAGAUCCUCAGAUCACACUUUUUGAGCACCCUAACUAUGAAGGGAUAAGCAAAGUGAUAAAAGAAGAAACCAACCUAAGUUAUGGGUAUUUCAAUGAGAAGGCAUCUUCCCAUAUUGUCCAGAGGGGUGCCUGGCUCCUCUAUGAACAUCCAAAGAGAGGUGGUUGGUACUAUAUAGCUCGAGAAGGAGGGAAGCUUGGUAACUAUGGCACAUUGCAUUUCCAUGAUAGGUGUUCCCAUGUGUAUCCCCUUAAAAGUGGCCGGCCUGUUAUCACUAGCAGGAUCUUAUGGGAUCGCAGGAACUUGGAGAGUGAGAGGGAUGUGAUGAUUGAUGAGAUAAAUUGUAUCAACACCACAGAAACAGAGCAGACAUUCACCACCACCAGCAGUCGAACCUAUGAAAUAUUCACAAGCCACAGCUUCAAAUUAGCAGCCCCUAACUGCCAAAUAAAUGAGAGUUUCAAUUUAAGCAUAGAUCCCAGCACCAACCUGACAGUAGAAAAAGGAAAGAUUGACUCAGUUACUACUGUAAACCAAGUCGAGGUGACCAUGCCAGCCAAGGUCCCCCCAAAAUCGGAAUUGAACAUCCAGGUGAUCAUGAAGGUAGUCACGGCCUCUGUUCCUGUAGAGCUGAUCAUCACCAUUAAUGGUAAAUCAAGGACGGAAAAUGGGCAGUAUCGUAGUGUGUCAGGACGCAACAUCACCACCAAAUACACCAUGAAAUCAGUGAAAAAUUAAGCAGAGGACCAGUAAUCAUCAAAAGCAAAAUGACCAUGCCAGGCAACAACCCACUUUCAUUUUGAACUGAACAGCUGUAGCUGCAUUUCUUCUUCCAUGGAAAGAUAAGUACUUGGCAUCUGGAACAAGGAAAACUUCUUAAAUAAUAUUUUGUUGCAUGUUCCUUGAUCUGCUAUUACUGCAGACAUUAAAGACACUAUACCAGAUGAAAUUCCUGAAAGUAGCAAGACUCCGAUGCUGGUUUCAAGGGACUGAUGAAGUGCAAAUUGAUAACAGGAGGACUGUGUAAUUCACAUAAAAAUAUAUAGCAAAGAAAUCUGGAAUCCACAGUCAGUACAAUGAACUAGAAAAUAGUCUCACUUCAAUGACAAAAGACAUCCGACAGAGAAUCCAACAGAAAGUAGCUGUUAGGACACAGAUUGGUAAUAAACAGCUUGCAGGCUCAGUUAAGCCUCCACAGCAACUCUGUAUGGUCUGCAGUUCUACUUACGCUUCUUAAAUCCUAUCUGAUUUUUAAAAUGAUUUCUAGGGUGAAUGGUUGCAGAUAUGCACCUUCAAUGCUACAUUUAAGCACUCUGGAGAACAUACUUCUGCCAAUUUUGCAUCAUUAUAUUUUUGCAUCAUGUAUUAGGCUCCAGCUGCUGUUUGGAUGCUUUUCUGCUUAUUAAACCAGACUGGUGAAUAUCUCAAUACAACUAUACGUAUAUGAUUAUACUCUUAGGAAGGGGGUGACAGGGCUGCAUGAUGAAGAACGGUGUGUGUGUGUGUGACAUGGGGUCCUCCAGGUGUUAUUGAAUACCCACACCUAUCAGCCCCAGCCAGGUUCAGCAAUGAUCAGGAUGGGUGAGAGUUGUAGUCCGGCAAUGUUUAGAUGGCUACAGCUUCCAUAUCCCUCAUCAAGAGGUUAUGAGAUAAUUAUAUGACUCACAGUGCAGUCCUAAACUCAGUCCUAAACUCCCACUGAGUUUAAUGAGGCUUCCUGCCAUUUAAUUAUGUUAAGGGUUACAGCCUCACACUUCUACAUCUAAUUCAAACUAGUCCACUUUGCUCAUUCCAGUAUUCAGAUGGACAAUAACUUUAUAUUCUACCCAAGUUUCUUAAAGCUAGAUUCUGCCUGCCAAUAUAUACCAUGUACUAUAAUGAUCUUUUAGAUCCUCCCCUCAAAAUACAAUUUGUUUCUGUAACAUCAUUUAAGUUAAAUGGAUCUUAUUAGUAAACGAGACAGUAUGCCUGAUAUUUGCAUGAAUGCCAUGUUAGAUGCAAGAGCAGAGUAUAGUAUCUAAGAUAUUACAGCUUUGUUUUUUAUGUAGCACAGAGCAUAAUAGAAAAAUGAGAAAGCAGAGUUCCAUCAAUUCAUUUCACCCUGUCCUUUGGCUGAGAUAAUAUUAAUUGCAAUCUUCUUACUGUAUAACAGUGUAUUAUUUCAGCAAAAUAAGGAUUGACGAUGGAUCUCCUGUGGCCCCUGAGGUUGUAAAUUAGACAUGGACAAUUUUGGGGUGUUUUUAAAUAUGUAGGUUAGUCUAUACCAGGCACCCCCAAACUGCGGCCCUCCAGAUGUUUUGGCUGACAACUCCCAUGAUCCCUAGCUAGCAGGACCAAUGGCCAGGGAAGAUGGGAAUUGUAGUCCAAAACAUCUGGAGGGCCAAAGUUUGGGGAUGCCUGGUAUAUACAAACAUCACAUUCUCUAAUAAUUGUACUAUAUGAUUAGGAUGAUUAGGACCUCAUACAUCAUUAUUACACACACACACACACACACACACACAGAGAGAGAGAGAGAGAGAGAGAGAGAGAGAGAGAGAGAGAGAGAUUAUUUGUCAAAACAUUCAGUUUACAUAGAGCAUAAAAUAUACCUAUUUUUAAUGUAUCAAUAAACGUUGCCCUAAAAACAACAA